CAAAAUUUCUAAAGUUGAAAACAAAAGCAAGCAAUUAUGAAAUCAACACACAUGAAUGGUUCAUAUCCAAAUGAGUCAGAGACCGGUCAGACUCUAGUUAUCGGUUCAAGUGGGUUCAUAGGUCGGUUCAUUACCGAGGCCUGUCUAGACUCAGGCCGGCCAACGUAUAUCUUAGUCCGCUCUAGUUCAAACUCUCCCUCGAAAGCUUCCACCAUUAAGUUUCUUCAAGACAAAGGAGCCAUCGUUAUAUAUGGUUCUAUCACCGACCAAGAAUUCAUGGAGAAAGUUCUGAGAGAAUAUAAGAUAGAGGUUGUAAUAUCUGCUGUAGGAGGGGAGAGCAUCUUGGACCAGUUCAGUCUAAUAGAGGCUAUUAAGAAUGUAAACACUGUGAAGAGGUUUGUACCGUCGGAAUUUGGUCAUGACAUAGAUAGGGCGGAACCGGUGGAACCGGGGCUGACCAUGUAUGAGCAAAAGAGCAAGAUUAGGAGGCAGAUAGAGGAGUGCGGGAUCCCGUACAGUUACAUAUGCUGCAACUCCAUUGCUGCUUGGCCCUACCAUGACAACACUCAUCCAGCAGAUGUUCUACCACCCCUUGAUAGGUUCCAAAUCUAUGGUGAUGGCACUGUCAAAGCAUACUUUGUGGCGGGUUCCGAUAUUGGAAAGUUCACUGUGAUGUCCAUUGAUGAUGAUCGAACACUAAACAAAACCGUCCAUUUUCAACCUCCAAGUAACCUAUUAAACAUGAACGAAAUGGCUUCACUAUGGGAGACAAAGAUCGGCCGCGUGCUGCCUAGGGUAAAUAUCACAGAACAAGAUCUGCUCCAGCGGGCUCAAGAGAUGCGGAUCCCGCAGAGUGUGGUUGCUGCGAUAACUCAUGACAUUUUCAUAAAUGGCUGUCAAAUAAACUUCAGCUUGGACAAAACUACUGAUGUUGAAGUCUGCUCUCUCUAUCCGAACACUUCUUUUCGGACCAUUGCGGAGUGCUUCGACGAUUUUGCCAAGAAGAUAUCAGAUAAUGAAAAAGCAGUGAGCAAGCCGGUGACUGCAAGCAACACUGACAUUUUUGUGCCCACUGCUAAACCAGAAGCAUUGGCUAUCACCGCGAUAUGCACAUGAGAAACAUCUCACCCUAUUUGAUAUUCUAAACAAUAAUCCAAUGGCUUCUUAUUGUUGAACGGUAAAGAGACUAUUGGUUACUAGUGGACAAACUAUCUAUUAUCUAAGGGUGAGAUAUAUUAGUAGUUACAUCAUGUAUCUCGGGAAUUUAGAAUCAUUUUACUGCAGUUAAUAAGAUUAAUAGACGUAUCAAUUUAAAU